AUGGAAGAAGCGAGGGUUGGAGGUAGCAGAACAGCCUGUAGACUCCAGCAGGCGGCGGUAGGAUUGUGCUUUGGAGUCAACGUCAACAUUGCGCUGCUCCCACCAGUCCAGUUGGGAGAAAGGCCAGUGCUUGUCCAGGUGGCCUUUAACAUGGCGCCGAUGAACUUGGAGGGGAAGGUGGCAAAGCAAGGCCGGGAUGGUGGAGGCCAAGUCAAACUGCGCGCCAGACAAGGACAGAUGAGCAUCGGAGAAGGACUUAUCCAAGGUGAUGAGGCUGUCACAGGCCAUCUCAACCAAAGGCUGGCUGGCAAAGGGCUUCAGUUGGGCAAGUAG